UAAACAAAAUGUGUCUUCUGAUUGCAGCAUUUACCCUCCAGUUCCAGGACAGGAAAGCUCUCUCCAAUGGGCAGGGAUGAAAUUUGAGGACGUCCCAAUUGCACACAUUAAAGCAACCUACAACAACACACAGAUCCAGGUAGUCUCUGCCACUAACACAUCGCUGGCCCGCGCCUCCUGUGGCACAGAAGGCUUUCGCAAUGCCAAGAAGGGAACCGGCAUCGCAGCACAGACAGCAGGCAUAGCUGCAGCAGCAAAAGCCACAGGAAAGGGAGUUACCCACAUCAGAGUCGUAGUGAAAGGCAUGGGACCAGGACGCUGGUCUGCCAUCAAAGGACUGACCAUGGGGGGUCUGGAAGUGAUCUCAAUCACAGACAACACUCCUGUCCCACACAACGGCUGCCGACCACGCAAGGCUCGAAGGCUGUAAUGAGAAGGGAGUCUGCACUUGAACCUGACCUAAAGUCUCAACUCCAGAUGGAUCCUUCAGAAAGCCUACUGUUGGAGCCUUCCUUGGAGGAACAUUCCUCGGCUUGCCACUGAAGCUGGAGGUGUACUCGAGGCUGGCCUCUCUUGAAUAUGAGGAAGUGGGGACUGUAGGCACACUAUGGCCCUGCUCCAGCGUCUGCUCUGAAAAUAAAAAGACUAUUCUGUUUAGUAGUUGUGAGUU